AGGCCCAAAACACACGCUUCAUUCCACAUUAGAAGUGGUGUGAUUCUCUCUUACCUCUCCGCAUCAGCGCCAGAUGAGUUCUGCUUCGUGCAUCUCGCCGCGUUCCACCUCUUUGCUGUUUCUCUUCUCUUUUUCCUCUCCUUAGCGAUGAAGCUUUUGCAUUCGAAAUCCACGGCAGAGCGAAUCCUGGCCGUGAGUGCCUGCCCGUGCGCUAACCUCUUUGGCCUCGUCACCUCCAGCGCCGUCACCGUCUACCGCUCCACCACUCUCACCACCGUAUUUACCUUCUCCCUCACGCCAUUCCAACCGGCCGAUACGGGCGGCGCAACUUCGGUUGGCGCGGUACAUGCGACUCGUCAGGCAGAGCACUACCGCUGUUGCUGGUCGCCGUCAGGUCGUCUCUUCACGGUGGCGCUGCCAUCCGGCAUCCUCUUAGUAUUUGACGUCGAGGGCGGCAACUUAGCGAGAGUCCUCACCACCUCCAGCACACGCGCCUCUCCGUCACCCUCCAUCCCCGCCGCAGCCGCCGCGUCGCCUUUCUCGCCAGCCGCCUCCCCCACGGCUUUUCCAGCCGCCGUCCCGUCGGUCAUCACCUCCCUCCCUCCUGACCGCCCAGUGCUGGCAAUGACGUGGUGUGCCGUGCCUUCCUUGUCGUCUGCCCAGCUGUCAGCCAUGGCGACGGCGGUGCAAACGCGCUGCCUGCCGGUGCGCCUGGGUGUGACGGCGGCGUUGUUCGAUGAGGCGAUGCAGGGCGUUGGGUCGGGUACGGCAACAGCCGCAGGAAGCGGUGGGGAUGGCACUGCGGCACCUCUCAACCUGGACGCGAGCCACACGAGCAAAGCGGACAGAGCGGGGCUACGCGCAGAGGAACCGAGUGCGACUUCAGCCUUCGUCUCGCUGCUGACGGUGCUGGGCAGCGACGGUGUUCUGCGCUUCGUUGUGGGCGGCCUUUGCGAAGUCUACGCCACGCAGCUCGCACUGCCUUCUCCUUUGGUGAGCUGUGGGUCGUCCUGGGAAGACGUGACGGUGUUCGAUCUUCAGUGGCGGCAGUGUGCGGUGGGCCCAGGCGCUGCAGUUCAAGACGGCGGAUACGAAGGUAGUGGGAGCUCCUCUAAAAAAGAAACGUACUCCUCACGUGUUGCUGCGUUGGUCUCCUUCGGCGACACAGCCGUCGAUCCUGUGCGCCACGCCGUGGGGCAGCACCAUCGUCUCUACUUAACCGUCUGCGGCUCGACGGCAGCCCCAACGCUCGAUGCGCACGAUGGCGGAAAGACUCCGUUGUCGCCGCAGCCGCAGCCGCCGCUGCUGCCCUCCCACGUGAUGUGGGAAGCAAAUCUGCAAGAUCGCCUGACGGCACUGGCGAUGCCUCGAUGGCUGGCCAUCUGUCACGUGCGGGAGUACGCCAGCAUCGCACAGGAGACCUACGAGAAGGUCGUGCAUGCGUGGAGCCGUGUGCUCCGGGGACAGGUGCUUGCCCACCUCGGUCUCCCUGCUGCAGCGCCGCUGCUGUCGGCCGCGGUUGUCGCGCAGCUGACAGACCCCGACCCGAUCGCUCUCUACAAGUACGCCAAGCAGACGCUGAUGCGGGCGGCCUUGGUGGAGGACCUGGAGGCGCUGGCAAAGACGUUUCACACAGCUUCUUACGAGGUCACGCACGUGUGCUACCGCUGCUGUGAGGCGGCCAUGGCCUGCGCCGUGUACACACGCGGUGACGUCGAGGAGGGCGACAACGACGACGAUGCCGCCGCUGCAUCCCUCUGUGAUGCAAACGAAGAGGCGUCGGCCUCACAUCCCGCGACGGCGACGUCUUCGCCAAGUCUUGUCUCGCUGCUGGGCGCCCUGCGUCGUCAGUACGAAGCGUUCUUGCGGCGCGCCGCCAACGAAGGUGAGUGUGCGCGGGAUCUGGCGUUGUGGGUGAUGCAGCAGUCGAUCCACUGGGAGAGCGGCACGCAUUUUUUUAUGGGUGGUGGAACCAACACCGACAACAACAUCGCUGCCGCUGCAUACGGCGAGGAGGAUCGCCGCGAUGCCUCGCCGUCGCCGGUGCUGCCGCCACCACCGCAGCUGCAGCAGCAGCCCGUGCUGAUCGAUGAGGUCCCUGUGAGCGCGACACGGCAGCCGGCACUGUACAGCUUUCUUAUCGAAAUCAUGACGUCGGCGGCUUCGAACAGGACUGAUUUCACUUAUGCAAGCGGUAACGGUAGCUCGCACGUUGCAGAAGCAGGCGAUCAGGCCGAAGCCGGUGGAAAUGAAAAGGCCGCGCGCCUCUAUCAGCAACUCAUCGCCCGCGCUGAGCAGCGAAUCGAACGCUUUGGCUUCCGCGCGUUAUCCGCCGCUACAGCACAGGCAGCACGUUUAUCAUCCACCUUGGGCUGCAGCGUGAUUACAUACGACGACGACGCGAAAGAAACCGCUGCUUCUGACGCAGGCAGGCGGCUGCUGUGCUGCGUGAUGGAGGAAACAUCCGAUGGUGUACCAGACGGCUCGGCAGCUGCCUCAGAGACGGAUGUUUCCCACGAUGACAGCUCAGAAGGCAGUGACGUAGGGCAGCAUCACGAAGAAUACGAGGGGGUUGACAGGGUAGGCGACGAGGCUUUGUUUUCUUCUUCGUACGACAGCGACGACGAUAACAACGCCUUUAUCCUUCAGCGCACCGCAGCGACUCCCUGUGUGACGUCUCAAUCAGCGAAGCUCUACACGCUGUGCUCGUCGAUCACCGUACCAAACGGCUUCAUUGAAACAAUGCAUCUCUCCUCCUACGCGCUGCGUUCAGCAGAUACCGGCACCGACGGCGUUUGCAGGGGAACGGAGCAGGACGAGCAGCAGAUACCGGCCACGGAGACGACAGCGGCCCCCUGUGCACUCGCGCAGCUGAACACAGCCGAUGUGGGCGUCGCAUCGAUGGAGAAGCACCUCAAAGCGGAUUUCACAAAGGAUAAGAGUAACUCGCUCUGCAGCAGCUGGUAUGGCUUUCUCGAGAAGGAUCGCCACGUGAUUGUGUGCCAACCCGCCGCCGUGUUUGUGCGAAGCGAACCGGGAAGCGUGAAGGCGGUCAAGUCCAACGCCCCUUUCUUCGUCGCGGUGGUGCAGGACGAUGGAGAGGUAGUUGUUGCAGACGAAAGGGAAGAAGAAGACGAAGGGGAGGCCACCAGCAGCAACGAGGACGUCGCCUCCAGCAACGAUGCUGCCAGCGCACAGAAGAGCUUGGCUUCUCGGGUGGCGCUGUGCCAAGUAACGGGCAUGGAGGGCGUUCCUCUGCGGGUGAGCAUCAGCCGUGCACGUAGCUUCUGCGUGAUUGUCGGUGUGGCGAAGUACGUCGUGGUGUCCUUAUACGAUGACGACUAUUAA